GGGAUUUACAUGAGCUUGUUUAUGCAAUAUAUUUUAUAGAGACCUACAUUGUUUGGGGGUAUAGUUUUCCUUUAGGUUAGUGCAUAAAAGGGCAGGCUGACAAUCUACUCCUCCACUCCAAUCUGCUCUCUUUGUUGUGUCUGCACCCAGAGUCACUGUUUCGGCCUGGGUGCAGACACACAGAGCGGAUUUUUAGCAAGGGAAUGGGUGAGCUUACAUUUUUGAGCUGAACACAGUGACUCUGGGUGCAGACACAACAAAGAGCAGAUAGGAGCAGAGGGCAAACUUCUUGCCUUAGACUACAGCAUUAUUGUAUACACCAAUAUCUCAAUUGCUGUGUCACCAUGUGCCGCUAGGUCAAGAGUUAACAAACAAAGCUCCACCAUCAGUUACUCAUUAGUGUGGCAGCAACCUCUGCCCCCUCCUGUAGUUACGUAAAUACCUGUGAUUGUCCCCACGGCUCCAGUUCCACAACAAUGUUGGGAAACAUUAGAUUUCCUACUGCCCAGGAGGCUUUACCAGGAAGAAGUGAUGCCCUACAAGUAGCGGAUAAACAUAUGGUAAAUGGGAAUUCAACUCUGGAACCAUUCCCAGAUGGCCUAGAAAUUGCAGUGUUUGGAAUGGGCUGUUUCUGGGGUGCAGAGCGCUUGUUUUGGAAACAGGAGGGUGUCUACUCCACUCAGGUGGGAUUUGCAGGAGGGCACACCCCCAACCCUACUUAUAAGGAGGUCCGCACAGGCCUCACUGCACAUGCUGAGGUUGUCAGAGUUGUAUUUGACCCCAAAGUGAUAACUUAUAAGGUGCUACUGAAGCUUUUCUGGGAAAACCAUGAUCCUACAGAAGGUAUGAAGCAGGGAGAGGAUGUUGGCACUCAGUACCGUUCAGUAAUAUUCACCUAUGGAGAAAACCAGAAAGAUGCUGCUCUGCUGUCUAGAGAGGCCUUUCAAAAGAUCAAUAAGACACUAGCGCAUAGAUUGCUUUACACAGUGCCUAUACACUGGCUGAUGCCCAAGGGCAGUGAUCCCCAACCAACAUGUUGCUCACCAACCCCUUGGAUGUUGCUCUCAGUGCCCCCAAACCAGGUAGUUAUUUUUGAAUUCCUGACUUGGUGGCAAGUUUUGGUUGAAUAAAAACAAGAUUUACUACCAAAUAAAGCCACCUGUGAGCUGAAAGUGUGCAUAGAGGCUGCCUAAUAGCCAAUCACAG